AUGGAUGUCGAGGUGCGACCCAGAAAGAAGCGGCGGUUUUUCGUCGACGACUCUGAAGCUCUGCCCGAAAAUCCUUCCUCGUCCGUGAUUACGUCGAGCAGACCAACUUCCGCCACCUCGUCUACUGGCCACGAUUCCGAAUCCUGUCAAGCCAACCUGGUGGAUGUCCAAGGCGCCCUCGACAAUGAGAACCCUCAAUCCUUCGACGCUGACACAUUUCGAGCCUUUGUCGGAGAGCAAGUUUCUCAAGAUGUCGUGGACAAAGUGGAGGUUGCCUCUGAUGGGAACCUCGAGCGAGCAAUCAACAUGUACUUUGACGGAUCGUGGAAAACUGCUGCCGCAUCGCAAAUGAGAACAUCUCUUCCAUCGAGAAGUGUAGACUCGUGGCUGAGCGCACCUGCAUCCUCCAGCAGCAUUCCCACCGUACCACUACACACAAACCCGAAAGAGACCGGCGCGAAGACAGUACCAGCCCUAACAACGAUGCCCACUGAACGCUAUGUUGGGUCAUUUGGCGUGGGGGCAUGGAUGACAAAAAGCGGCUCAGGGUUGUUAGCUCAUGGUGAAUCAGUGAGGAUAGAAAGAUCAAAAGUUGCUCCUAAGACGAAGAUUGGAAGAGGCGGGAGAUUGGUGCCGAUGGUAGGCAGGAAUCAAAAGGCAGAUGUAAUCACACGUUUUACAAAUGCGAGAGGCGAAGAGCUUGGCCGUCUUCCUGAAGAGACGGCUUCUUGGGUGUCAUCUUUGCUCGAUCAAAAGAUCUGUCGCUUCGAGGGGACCUGUGUUUUUGCGCCUGACCGUGUUCGCGUCAACGACACGAUCUAUCUGCAGCUACGUGCGUACCUCCUCAGAACGGCUUUUGAGGCGAAUGCUUUUGUAAAGCCAAAGGACGACAAUCGCGCUACAGGGUUCUUCGAAGAGAAAGAGAGCAGCGAAGAAAAGGAUCUUCGAUUGCGGCAGGUGGGCCUCGUCAAAUUAUUUGAGGAGGUCAACCUCUCUCCGACCACAACCAGUGAGACAACCGCAAAGCACAAGAAGCAAGGUCUACUCAGGGCUGCUGAAUUAGCUGAGCAGUACGACAAAGACAAGGAAGCCAAGGGCAAGUCGGGCAUAUCUACUCCCGUCUCUGAGGACGAGGAGGGCGAAGAGCUGGAGGAAGAUCAACUAGAUACGCUCUACCGGAAGGCACAGUCGUUUGAUUUCAACACACCGGAAGCCAAUCCAGCGCCAACUUUCCAGUUGGAACUGCGAAAAUACCAGAAACAGGCUUUACAUUGGAUGCUUAGCAAAGAGCGAGACGAAAAGCCCGACAAGCAGCAAUCAAUGCAUCCGCUUUGGGAAGAGUAUACCUGGCCCACGAAAGAUGCAAAUGACGAACCACUUCCCGUGGUUGAAGGACAGGACAAGUUUUACGUCAAUCUCUAUUCUGGAGAGAUCAGUCUUGACUUCCCUAUCCAGGAACAAAACUGCCUGGGAGGCAUUUUGGCCGAUGAGAUGGGAUUGGGCAAGACAAUCGAGAUCUACAGCCUUAUCCAUUCCAAUCGCACACAAAUCGACUUGGAUGCUGCUAAUCAGGCCAUGACUUCCGUCAAUCAUCUUGCCAGACUCCCCCAAUCUUCAACAUCAGUCGAACCGGCACCAUGUACGACACUGGUCGUGGCGCCAAUGUCCUUGUUGGCACAGUGGGAGAGCGAAGCUGCCAAAUGUUCUGAGCCCGGCUCUCUGAGGACCAUGGUCUAUUAUGGCAGCGAGAAGUCGGUCAAUUUACAAACUCUGUGCUCUGCCACGAACGCGGCUUCUGCUCCCAAUGUCAUCAUCACAAGUUACGGCACUGUCCUCUCAGAGUUUGGACAAGUGUCAGCUGCUGGAGGAGAUCGUGCAUCUCAGGGCGGCAUCUUCUCCGUGGACUUUCAUCGGGUCAUACUUGAUGAGGCACACACCAUCAAAAACAGGCAAGCAAAGACGUCUAAGGCGUGUUAUGAGAUCAAGGCCAAGCAUAGAUGGGUCCUGACUGGAACACCCAUCGUCAAUCGCCUGGAAGACUUGUUCAGCUUGGUUAGAUUCCUUAAAGUCGAACCUUGGAGCAACUUUUCCUUCUGGAAAACGUUCAUCACGGUGCCCUUUGAGUCAAAGGAGAUCGCACGGGCGCUCAAUGUUGUUCAGACUGUCUUGGAGCCUCUGGUGCUGAGAAGAACGAAAGACAUGAAGACGCCCGAGGGCGAAGCACUUGUACCGCUUCCACCAAAGUCCGUUAUUGUCGAAGAAGUCGAGCUCUCAAAGACCGAGCGCGAAGUAUAUGAUCUGAUUUUCACACGAGCAAAGCGCGCUUUCAAUGAGUCCGUGGCGGCCGGCACUCUGCUAAAGUCAUACACGACAAUCUUCGCACAGAUCCUACGCUUACGGCAGUCUUGCUGUCAUCCUGUCCUGACCCGCAACAAGGAGAUUGUGGCAGAUGAAGAAGACGCUGCUGUUGCCGCUGCAGCUGAUGAGAACGGGUUUGCCGACGACAUAGAUCUGCAAGAACUCAUAGCCCGGUUUACCAAAGACAGCGACCUUGCAGAGAAGGAAAAUCCCACAUCAAAGGAUCCAAUCACCACCUUCACCACCAAUGCCUUGCGCCAAAUCCAGGAGGAAUCAAGCGGCGAGUGUCCGUUGUGCUACGAAGAACCAAUGAUCAACCCUGCCGUUACAACUUGCUGGCACAGUGCCUGCAAAGAGUGUUUGGAGAAGUCGAUCGCGGUCCAAACGGACAAAGGAGAGAUCCCGCGCUGCUUUUCAUGUAGAGAAGCCAUCAAUCCAAGAGAUGUUUUUGAAGUCGUCAGGCAUAACAGCCCACUUGUAUCUCCCGACUCGGAGGGAGACAUGUACGCGGCUGACGAGGGUGUUACAAAACCAACCAGAAUCUCAUUGCGCCGCCUUCAUCCAUACUCGCCGACUGCUUCAACAUCAGCAAAGAUCGCGGCGCUGCUGCGGCACCUGUCCGCACUCCCUCGGGCUACUAAAUCGGUGGUGUUUUCGCAGUUCACAUCUUUUCUCGACCUCAUCGCUCCGCAACUUGCCAAGCACGGCUUCUCGUACCUACGAUUCGAUGGCACCAUGUCACAGAAGGUACGAGCACAGGUCAUUCGUGCGUUCAACGCGGAGAAUGCGUCCGACCCGAAAGCGCCUCGUGUCUUGCUGCUUUCUCUCAGAGCUGGCGGCGUGGGGUUGAACCUCACGGCGGCGAGUCGAUGCUAUAUGAUGGACCCUUGGUGGAGCUUUGCAGUUGAAGCACAGGCAAUCGAUCGGGUGCACCGCAUGGGCCAGACGCAGAAGGUUGAGGUGAUUCGGUUUGUGACCAAGGAGAGCAUUGAAGGAAGGAUGCUUCGCGUGCAAGAGAGGAAGAUGGCAGUUGCAGGAAGCCUGGGUGUCGGCCAAUCGGGGGCGGGUGAAAACGAAGAGGAGAAGAAGAAGAGACGCAUCGAAGAGCUGGAGAUGUUGCUUGGUUGA